AUGCUAUCAGCUGCGAAAGUUCGUAUACAUGGAAUGCAAAAUGAUAAUUGGGUUAUAAAAGAUAAAAUCAACCAAUACCGUGGACUGAUAAAGCUUUAUGAACGCGACCGAAAGAUCCAUGAAGGGGAUUUGGCGAAACAGAAGAAACGCUACUGCAGGGAUAUUAGGCAACUACGUAAAGACAUAAAUACAAGACGCGAGGAACUUGGAGUCGCAGUAUACGGAGACAAACAGUUUCUUCGGAAUGCAUUCCAGGAGCACAAGAGACUCCAACUCACGUAUAUGAACAGCCAAGCCGAUAAAGUAUUGGAGAGCAUUCAUCAAGAAAAUUUCAACAAACGAAAGCAGCUAGAUCGAAUAAGGUACACAAAGAAAAAGAAAAUGGAAAAAUUUCGACUGACACAGUUGGAAUCAGCAGAAAUGCGUGAUCGUCUUUUGUACGAAGUCGGUGGAAAAUUGCCAGCCGAGAAGAAAGAGCAGGCCGUUGCCAACUAUGUGCAAAAAGCCAACAUCAAGAAAAAUGCUGCGCUUGCCAUCAAAGUCAUGUACAAGAAAAUAUUGGAUAUUCUGAAAAAGGAUUCGUCGUAUUUCACCGUCGUACUAGAAGCUCUGAAAUUAGACUGUCGCGCGCAAGGUAAAUGUUUGAUGAGUGCAACGGAAAUGGGACAGCUGGCCAUUGAAUAUUUGGACGACAGGAAAUUCGAAUUCAGCAAACUAGAGAAAGAAAUAAAAGCCAAUAUGAAAGAGAGGGAGAGAACGCUGAGACUGGCCCGCAGGGAAGUCGCGUAUUUGACGGACUCAUUCCCCGAUCUUAUACGGAAAGAGGAGGCGACCAAUCUUGAUGACCUUUACGAAGUCGACGAGGAUGGAAGUGUGCACUCCGUGCAUUGGGAAUUGGAGGAGGUCAUGGCCAUUUGUAAACGUUUACAGAAAGCUACUCUGGUGUCGUCCUUCGAUCAAAUACUCUUGAGGCUGAAAGAGCAACGAUAUCAGACACAGCGCCUAAUGAUGCAACUAGCACUGAAUAGUGCCAAGCGCGAUGCUCUCAUCGAGGACCGGAAGCACGCCAUCAUGAUGCUUGAUUCACUUAAGAACGUCGGACAAGAGAAAACGGCUCUAUUUGUGCAAGAUAAAAAGCAGAUCAGAGCCCAGCUGGAGGCGGAAAAGCGCGAAGAACAAUUUCUGAAACAGUCACUCCAUGAAAAAGGAAAACUUAUAAUCGAAAUGAAAACCUCCUUGCAGCAAAUUAACGAACUCCUCUCGAAUGUUGGUGCGGCUAACGCUCAGAAGCCUCCUACGGAUGUACCUCAAGCGAUCCAGUAUGCAUUGGAGGAAAUGGUUCAACCAGUUCCAGAACUCGAGGCCGAUUUUGACAAAUUAAUCUUGAACGCGAAGCAGAAACUGGGCGUGCUAAUCCAAGCGGUUUCAAAGAUGGAGGUAACUCCUGAAAUUCGGGCCGAUGCGAACCUGUUCUAUCACAAUAUCCUCGCGCGGUCUAUGAAGGAGAACUACAGGGAUGAACAGGUCGCCGAAGGAGGACUCAUCGAAUUCGAAAUGGAAGAUCCAAACGUGCCCGGUCAUGCAGUAAUUAAACUACGAAGCAAGCAAUUGGUUGACGCUCAAGUCAGUGAAUUUGACGUUCCGGAUACGAAGAAAUAAACGAACUCAGAAAUCAAGUUUAAAUUUAAAACGUACAGCACCAGGUUCACGGAUAUUUCCUUUUGUAAAUCAGAUGGCGGUUGAAUAAAUCGCGUGCCACCGGCAAAAUCAAUUAAAGUCGUCUCGAAGAUGUUUCGCUAGUUCUUGUGGUAUUCAGGACGUGCGCUCGAUGCGCUCGAAGGCCGUACCAUUGCGUUGUCUUCAUUUCUGUAAAGCGACAGCUAUUUUUAUUAUGAAA